AUGUCGUCGGAAAUGUUAGAAAUGGUGACUAUGUUACAAAAAUUGUCAUCUGAGAUGUCUAAUUUUACCAGUAGACAAGAACAAUUUGAAGAGAGGCAGGAACAAUCUCGACGAGCUCAAGAACAGUCAAUACGUGAGCUCCGAGAUGCAGUCAACAUUGAUCGGAGACCGGAAAGAGACAAGGAAGCAGUGGACAAUGGGGAACGACUGUAUUCCCCAUCGGAUACACCACUUUCGAUUGGGUCUUGCUCCUUCAUGCUUCCAUCUAAUUCAAAUGCAGCAGGGGUAAGUUAUAGUCAAGCUCCUAAUCUACCAGUUAAUUCACUCGCAAUUGGGUCUGUUAAUGCUGUUACUAGUACUGUUAAUGGAACCUCUGCACCUCUUUAUUCCCAAAUCUCAUCACCUUUUCACACCCAAGGAAUUCAGACUUCGAACCACCAACACACCUUACCCAUACAGUCAAUUCCUAUGCCCCAAUUUCACCAAUCACCCAUGUUUCAACCCAAUAAUUACCCAGUUCCACCCAUACAAGGGUUUCAACCCAUGUUCCAGAAUCAAAAUUAUUCAACCCCACCUACACAAGGAUUUCAAUUUCAACCAACACAGUUCUCCAAUUAUAAUCACCUGCCCUAUGGUGCAACCCUUGGUACUAACUACUCUAAUUCAGGAAUUCCAUAUGCAAGUACUUAUCUACCUACUCACAUUCCAUCAUCCAUAUACCAUCAAAUUCCUGUAGCCCAAUCACCACUACCAAACUACAACACUAGUCAGCAAAUACCCUAUCCUAAUCCAGUACAAAACAGUCACAAUAUCCACCUUCCUAUUCCUUCAUUCACUAAGUACACCAAAAUUGAGUUUCCAAGGUUCUCCGGGGAGGACUUAAGAACUUGGUUGUAUAAGGUGGAACAAUUCUUCUCUGUAGAAGACAUUUCCAUCCACCAGAGGUUGAAACUAGUAGCAAUUCAUUUUGACGGUGAUGCAUUACAAUGGCAUCAAGGGUAUAUGAAAGCAAGAGCUCACUUGCCAUUACCCACAUGGGAAGAAUACUUGUAUGCACUUGCUGAUAGAUUUGGUGCAGAAUACACUGACCCUAUGACAGAGUUGAUGAGGGUGAAACACACUGGUUCUGUAAAAGAAUAUCAGGCAGCUUUUGAUAGUGUCAUGACUAGACUGAACUUAUCUGUUGAACAUUCAAUUAGUAUAUUUUUGAACAACCUAAGGCCUGAAUUGAGUGAUGCUGUGAGGAUUGGAAAUCCUUGUAACUUGCCACAAGCUUACUACUUGGCAAGAUUACAUGAAUCUAAUUUUGCUGCUCAAAGCAAGGCAAUUAAGGGAAUAACUUCUGGAUAUGUUCACUCUCAAUCUAAGCCAGCCAUUGGUAAUAGUUCAAAUACCUUUCAGAAGGGAAAUUUUGGGGGGUAUAGAAGGCCUGUUACUGCAAGGAUGGAUACCAAUAGAAGGAAGAGACUGACCCCAGCAGAAUUGGAUGAAAAGAGAUCAAAGGGAUUGUGUUUUUUGUGUGAUGAAAAGUAUACACCUGGUCACAGGUGUAAAGCUAAAAGACAACUGUUUUCCAUGGAACUAGAGGAAGGGGAAGAACUGGUGGAUUGUGAGUUAGAAGUUCCAGAAGAAGAGGAUAUAAUAGAACAAGAGUGUGUGGAAGAAACAACACUGGAAAGUUGUGCCAUAUCAUUGCAAGCUUUAAAUGGCACUAUGGGAUACAAGACAUUAAGACUUAAGGGAUUUAAUGAACAGAAUCCUAUAGAAGUUUUCAUAGACUGUGGUUCCACCCACAACUUCAUUGAUGAGGAAGCAGCUAAAAGAUUGGGGUGUGAGGUGAUAACAAUUAAAGCCCAAUUGGUGCAAGUAGCUGAUGGAAGGGGAAUACCUACUAACAAGUUAUGUAAAGGGUUCAAAUGGUUCAUGCAAGGGGCCAUGUUUCAAGAUGACUUCUUAGUGUUCCCUGUUGGCAAGAGUGAUAUGGUAUUGGGAGUACAAUGGUUGUGUCCUUUGGGAGAUAUCAAGUUCAAUUUUCAGAAACUCUUUAUGGAAUUUGAACAUCAAGGACAGUUGCUGAAAUUACAAGGGAUUCAACCCAAGUUUAAGACUGUAGAAGCAAGGUCCAUCACCAAAAUGACGGAGGUGAGCUCGCAGUUUUUCAGGAUACAAGUGAGAAGUGCUGAAAUGGUGAUAAACAAAAGGGAGGAAAUUGUGGUAGAAGAUGAACCAGUAGCUGUGACAGGGUUGUUAGAAGAGUAUAAAUGUAUUUUUGGGGAACCUCAGAAACUUCCUCCAUCAAGGGGAGUUUUUGACCACCAUAUUCCAUUGCUUGAAGGGGUCAAUCCUGUUAACUCUAGACCCUAUAGAUAUUCUCCAAUACAGAAAGACAUUAUAGAGAAGAUGGUAAGGGAAAUGAUGGAGCAAGGGAUCAUUCAACAUAGUUCAAGUCCAUAUGCAUCACCAGUGGUGCUAGUUGGUAAGAAGGAUGGGUCAUGGAGACUAUGUGUAGACUAUAGAGCUUUAAAUAAGGGGACUAUAAAAGACAAGUUUCCAAUACCAAUUAUAGAAGAACUGUUGGAUGAAUUGGGAGGCUCUCAAAUCUACUCAAAGAUAGAUUUAAGGGCUGGGUACCACCAGAUUAGGAUGGCACCAGCUGAUAUUGCCAAAACUGCUUUCAAAACCAAUUCUGGACAUUUUGAGUAUCUAGUCAUGCCCUUUGGGCUAACUAAUGCUCCAUCUAGUUUUCAGAGUCUUAUGAAUCACAUAUUUCAAGAUCAUUUAAGAAAAUUUGUCUUGGUUUUCUUUGAUGACAUUUUAAUUUACAGCAAAACCUUGGAAGACCACCUGGUGCAUCUUAAGAUUACUUUCGAACUGUUGGUGAAGAACCAGUUGCUAGCUAAAAGAAGUAAAUGUGUUUUUGCUGCUGAAAGGGUAGAGUACUUGGGACACUACAUAUCAGCAGAAGGGGUAGCUACAGACCCUAAAAAAAUAGAAGCUGUUCAAGAUUGGCCAGUACCUGAGACUCUCAAACUGUUGAGAGGGUUCUUAGGUCUAACAGGUUAUUAUAGAAGGUUCAUUAAGGGGUAUGGGGUUAUCAGUAAACCUCUUACUGAGUUGUUGAAGAAAGACAGUUUUAUGUGGAAUCAAAAGGCAACUGAGGCUUUCAAGAAGCUCAAGGUGGCACUCACAACAGCACCUGUAUUGGUGUUGCCUGACUUUUCAAUGAUCUUUGUUGUAGAAACAGAUGCAUGCAACAUUGGUAUUGGGGCAGUAUUGAUGCAGAAAGGACAACCCAUUGCAUUUCUCAGCAAGGGUUUGUCUGUUCAGCACCAAACUUUGUCUGUCUAUGACAAGGAAUUAUUGGCUCUAGUGAUGGCUAUUAACAAAUGGUCACAGUAUUUGAUAGGGAGAACAUUUAUUGUCAAAACAGACCAGAAGGCUCUUAAAUUUCUAUUGGAACAGAAAUUACACACUGGAACACAGCUCAAGUGGAUUACCAAACUUAUGCAGUAUGACUUCAGCAUAGAGUAUAAGAAGGGGAAGGAAAACAAGGCUGCAGAUGCAUUAUCUAGGCUGCCAUUAGUAGAGUUUUCUGCAAUGACACUAUCCACAAUUAAGACUAACUUGCUACAGCUGGUUAUGCAGAGUUGGGAGCAAGAUGGAGAAAUACUUGAAUUGAUACAGACUCUUAAAACUGGAAGUGGGACAGAAAAGGGGUAUACUUUCCUUAAUGAUCAAUUGAGAAAGAAUGGGAGAUUGGUGGUAGGACCAGUGGAACAAUUGAGGAAAGAAAUUAUAACUCUUUGGCAUGAUUCACCUCUAGGAGGACACUGUGGAGUGGAUCACACUUACAGGAAGUUAUAUGCAUUAUUUUAUUGGAAGGGGAUGAGAGGGGAUGUUCAAGAAUAUGUGAAGGGUUGUGAUGUUUGUCAAAGACAUAAAUAUGAUAAUGCCCCUUACCCUGGAUUGUUACAACCUUUGAAGGUGCCUACACAGGCUUGGGGAAGUGUAAGCAUGGAUUUCAUAGAUGGUUUACCUAAGUCUAAGGGAAAAACUGUUAUCUGGGUUGUGGUAGAUAGACUAACCAAAUAUGCUCACUUUGUUGGUCUAUCCCACCCUUAUUCAGCAAGUGAAAUAGCUAAAUUGUUCAUGGAGAACAUUUAUAAACUUCAUGGGAUGCCUGAAGACAUUAUAAGUGACAGGGACCCUGUAUUUACUAGCAAGUUGUGGCAAGAAUUGUUUUCUAUAUUGGGGGUCACUUUGAACACAUCUACUGCAUACCAUCCCCAGACUGAUGGUCAAACAGAGGUGAUCAAUAGAUGUUUAGAAACUUAUUUGAGGUGCUUUUGCUCUGAAUCUCAGAAGGAUUGGUAUUCUUACCGUGCUACUGCGGAAUGGUGGUACAACACCACUUUCCACAACUCAAUACAAACCACUCCUUAUGAGGCCCUUUAUGGACAACCUCCACCUAUGCAUUUACCCUAUAUAGCAGGAGAGUCAGGCAUGAAAGAAGUUGAUAGAAGUUUACUGACAAGGGAGUUCAAGAAUCAGCUUCUACAGUUUCAUCUCAAGAGAGCUCAACAGAGAAUGAUGGACCAAGAUAAUAAGCAUAGGUCAGACAGGCAGUUUCAAGAAGGGGAUUGGGUAUACUUAAAAAUUCAACCUUAUAGGCAAGUUACAUUAUCUGGAGGAAAUUUCAACAAGCUGUCAGCCAAAUAUUAUGGCCCUUAUCAAGUAUUACAAAGAAUAGGAUCAGUAGCAUACAAACUAUCCUUGCCAACACACUUACUUCUUCAUCCUACAUUCCAUGUUUCACAACUAAAACCUUGUCACACACUACCAUCUGUUUUCUCCCAUCCACCUGUUGUUGAACUUGCUAGUCCCUACUGUCCUCAACCAGCUAAGGUGUUAGAAAGAAGAAUGAUUCAAAAGGGCAAUAAGGCUGUGCCUCAAGUGUUAGUACAAUGGGAACAACUACCAAAAGAUUUGGCCACAUGGGAGGACUAUAAUGCUUUGCUCCUCAGGUUUCCAGCUUUUAUUCCUUGA